CAUGGGGAGUCUAGCAGAAAGAAAAAAAGGAACAUUAAAGAUGACUUAUUACUCCAAAAGCCAUUUCAGAAAGAAAAGCAUGGAAAGAUGGCCACUCAGCAAGUUGCAGCAGAAUUACUGGUUAGGGAAGAAGCAAGAAAUAGAAGGUUUCAUCUCAUAGCAAUGGGUGCUUAUCAAAGGCAUACAAAGUUUGUAAGUGACUAUAUUUUAUACUGUGGUGGCAAAAAAGACAACUUCAGGCGUUUGGGGGAAAAGGACAAGACAGGCUUAGAUGUUAUAUGAGAAAAUCAUAGAUUCCUGUGGAAUGAAAAGGAUGAAGUGGAGAUGACUUGGGAGAAGAAACUUGCAAAGAAAUAUUAUGAUAAAUUAUCCAAGGAAUAUUGCACAGCAGAUCUCAGCAGACACAAAGAAAAUAAGUUUGGAUUUAGGUGGCAAGUAGAAAAAGAGGUAAUUUCAGGAAAAGGAGAAAAGAAAUCAAGUCUGGCAAAAGAAAGGCCAAAACCAAAAAAGGCUAUGAGGAGUCAUCACAUGCAAAAUCCAGGUUGUCUCCUAAAGAAGCUUCCAAGAAGGAAGAUAAAGGGCAUUCAUCCUCAGAGAAAACAAAAUUCUGUAAACAAAAACUGUGAUGAGGAAGAAAGUGCUUCAGAGUUUGAACUUUGGAAGGGCCCACUACCAGAAACAGAUGAAAAGUCACAGGAAGAAGAAUUUGAUGAAUAUUUUCAGGAUUUGUUUCUAUGAGACAGGAGAGAAAA